CCGUCCCCCCGGCUGCAGCCACCCAUGGAGGCGACGACGGCGCUGCUGCAGCCCGCGGAUUGCAAACCUCCCAGCGGGAGAAGAAUGAAGGCUCGGGCCCCCCCUCCGCCAAACCAGCCUCCUGCUUCCUGUAAAGUUAUUAAUGAACGCAAAUUAAGCACAGAUGUGGGAACGCUUCCUGAUCAAGGUGGGAUAAACAUGAAGGAAAACAUGAUUAACAGGACAGUGGACUUUACAGUAGUUUUCCCAGAUGGAGAUGAGCAGAAGAAUAUGGUGCAUGGAAGUAAAGCUGUGAUGGAUCUGUUAGUAGACUUGUGCAGUCGAUACCACUUGAACCCAGCCCACCACACUCUAGAGCUUCAGUCCUGGGGGACCCAGCAGCCUUUGCAGUACAAGCCAAACACAUUGAUAGGGGCACUGGAUGUACAGAAGAUACUUCUCAAGGAGAAGACUCCUGAAGGAAAGACGAAGAGGCUUCCACCCAAGAUUCCUGAGAAAACCGUGAGGCUGGUAGUAAAUUACCUCAAGACACAAAAGGCCGUGGUUCGAGUGAAUCCUGAGGUGCCCCUUGAGAGUAUAAUCCCAGCCAUUUGUGAAAAAUGUGAGGUCAGUCAGGAACACCUCAUCCUCUUGAGAGAUACCAUCACCGGGGAGGAGUUGGAGCUCACGAAGUCAUUGAAUGAACUAGGAAUAAAGGAGCUGUAUGCAUGGGACAGAAAAAGAGUUCUUCCAUCAAAAGCUCAAUCUGAACCUUCUCUGAACUGUAGAGAGACAAAAAAUUCAACUAGCUGUGACCCGGUGGAAAAAGAAAAGAAAAGAUUUCUGGGAUUUUUCAGAACAAAUAAAAGAAGCAGUAAGGCAGAAGAGUCCUUGAUGAGGAUGGAUGUAGAUUAUGCCGGUGAGGAGCCUUUAAAAUCGACUGCAUCGAGCCAACAAAGCCUGGAUAGAAUCGCAACAGCUCCCAAUUCUCCUUCAGUGAAUUCUUGUUCCGUGACUCUGGGUCCAUCGCUGUCUCUUGGGAACAUCUCAGGAAUGACUGCAAGCAGUGAAGUCAAAAAGCGGCGAGCACCUCCCCCGCCAACAGUGAUGCCUCAGAGUGGGGAGACAAACGGGCAGGAAAAAAUACUGAGUCAGAUGUCUCAGAGUUCAUCGCAAAAUGAAUUACAGAAGAAAAAGAGACGCGCCCCGCCUCCACCAACUCCCCCAAUGCCAAACAAGAUAGAUGAAGUGGAGGACAAGCGGCAAAGCACAGUUGGUGAUGGGCGGCAUGUGCCACAAAAGCCUCCUAGAGGCAACACGCGGGGUCCACCCCAGUUAGUGAUUCCCCCGCCCCCACCAUACCCUCCUCCUGACUCAGAUAUGGACCCACCUGUAUUGUACAAUGGAACAGAUGAUACAGACUCAACCGAGCUGGUACCUAAACGUGAUGAACAGAUUACAAAUGGUAAUAAUUAUAGCACGGAUGAUAUGGUUCUGGAACUGUCAGAAGCAGAGGAGACCAACUCUGUUAGCAGCUGCUUUGCCUCAGAGGACACCACAGAAGAUUCAGGGGUCGUGAGCUCACCCUCUGAUAUUGUGUCGUUGGAUUCGCAAAACGAUAGUAUGAGAUCGAGAGACAAGUCUGUUGAUGCCCAGGAGAACUUGGCUGGAACAGAGUCCACAGUCGUUGCAGAGUCUUGCUCUUUAAAAAAUGCUUCCUUCAAUUCUGAUGAGUCUGGGAACUUUAAUCAAAGCCCAGAAGAGGACGAAGCCAUGGAAGUUAGGUCGGAGAUGCUCAUUGCUGAUCGGCUGGAACGGACGUUGGCUGCAUUUGAUCAAGAACUAGCAGCAAUCGAAGGCAUCCGUGAAGAUUCCGAAAGCGGGUCCGUACCCAGUGAGAAGGAUGGUCCCCUUCCAGAAAACAGUACGGCUGCAGAAGCUAUCCCAGCCACCGUGCCAGUGACAAUCAUAGAUGAAGUUCCAGAAGCCGAUAUUGCAACGCACCACGCUAGAGAAGGAGGAGACGUGUUGCUUUCCCAGACGCGGGCUAAUGAAGAGGUUCCGGUUAAUCCCAUUAACCCGGGGAAACGAUCCAAUGAAAACAACAACGCUGGGUCUUUUGGGAAGGGAGACGCGAACAGCGGUUCGCAUUAUUUAUCGAAAGGCUUAUUACAACAGCCAUCGCCCGAUCCAGAGGUUAGAUAUCGAAAUGAAGAAGAGCAGAAAUACGAAUCUCAGGCAUCCUUGUGGGAGAAAAGGAAAAAGGAGGAGGCACCCCUGGAGGCUGAGCCUAAAAAUGCUGCUACCGUCACGUUUACGGACAAAGUUAAUGGUGCAAAGGAGAAAGUGAAGUCGCUGAAAGAGCCGAAUGCCCGGGAUGGAAUUCCAAGCAAAACGGAACUGGAAUUCAGGCCACCGUCGGCAAGAUCCAGCGAGAACAAGCCCGCUGCUCCACCGCCAUCCCCGUGGUGCAACCGCGUUCACGGCAUUGUUGCGAGCUAUGAGCCUAAGAUAGGCCUCACGACCUUCAAAGUCGUUCCUCCCAAGCCGGAAAUGAAACGCUUUGAUGCGGACGUCUCUCUCUCCACCGGUGCCAUUAAAAUAGAUGAGCUGGGCAACUUGGUGACUCCAAAUACUGGGGGGGUUAAAAAGGUUUCCGUGAACAUGCCUUUGAGCGAAACAAGAGGAACCCUCAUCGGGAGAGCCAAAGCGUACUGGAGGUCUAACUCUAUGGAAAAACCACCCGAGGAGUCCCCAGAAGGUCAUUCUAACAAAUCACCAGGCAUCCCUAUUUCCAAACCUCUCAAUAAAGCAUCUGAAACGAAGCAGGACUGCUUUACAGGUCCGAAAGUGGCAACUGUGCCCCUAGUUGGUUCAAAAGCAGUGGAAAUUAAUUUGGGGCCCGAAAAACCAAAGCCGCCACCCCUUCCUGUCACGCAAUAUCCCACGAAAGCACCAACUGCCCAAGUAGUUAACAAGGAUAAGGUUGAGCUACCAUUUCAGAAGCCCCAAAGAAGAACAUCCAGCCAUUAUGUAGCCUCUGCUAUUGCAAAAUCCUUGGACCCGUCCCUGCUGAGAACCAAUCGGGAAAGACACGACAAGGAAGAAGAAAACAGCUAUCGGAGAGAGGCAAAAGCCGAAAUGGAAUCCCUUCCUAAAAGAUGCAUUAUCGUGGCCAAAUCCUGCCCGGCGGAACCGCAGCCAGCAAGAGCGAAUGAAGGUUAUUCAAGCGUCUUCAGCUGCGAUAAAAAGGCAGCGAAUAAACUACCCAGUGGUGCUCAGUCCAAGACGGAAAACAACACUGCCAACAUGACGUCGCUGAAUCCGACCAGUCCUACCAAUUGCUACAGAAGGAGCGUCAGUGCGCCAUUUUCUACUCUCUCUUCUCAAGACGGCAUCACGGAAACCAGUCGCAGCUCCACACAAAAUGUAAUCGUUAGAGAAACCUCACCUGUAGUCCGUCAAAAUGGGGAGCAGGCUGGUCAGACUAGCUCCCUCUUCUCCUUUAGACCAUUUAGCGCUCCCUCAUCUUCCGUCGCUUACAAUUCCCUCGUGAAGUCAAGCGGUGGGCAUACCAUCCACAAUGGAUCUCUGAAAUUUAACGGUACCCCUCAGGUGAACCACAUGGCUCCUGAAAAAGCAGAAAAUCUUAGUGGGUCCUCUGCCAGGAGUGAGCUGGAGCCUGAGAUCAGGGAUGACAACAACAUCUAUAGUGUCUUUGGGCCAAAGAAAAGGUUUAAGCCGGUCCUCCAGAAGCCCCUUCCAAAAGACACAUCGCUCCACAGUGCUUUGAUGGAAGCCAUCCAGACCGCAGGAGGAAGAGAAAAGCUUCGAAAGAUUUCGGACAACACUGUCAAUGGAACUCAGAAGAAAGCAUCGGUUUCAGAACCAGAGAAUGAGCGGUCUGCCCUCCUGGCAGCCAUUAGAGGUCACAGUGGAACCUUCAAGUUGAGAAAGACCUCUUCAUUCGCUUCUGAAGAACUGCAGAGUUUCCGAAACGCAGAAUUGGGCUCGCAGAUCAGAGACGCCUCUCCGACAGAGCGGCAGUGUAAUCCUCCUCUGCCACCCCCACCUCCCGCUCAUUUGUCAACAAGAACACCUAGGCCCCUUGCAAAUAGCGCUGCCGAAAACCCAGGCGACGCAAGGCAGGCCCUGAUGGAAGCCAUCCGUUUAGGCCGCGGGGCGGCUCGCUUAAGAAAGGUCCCUCUGCUUGUUUGAACACUGAAUUCUCCAGCUACAGAAUGUCACCUGCAUCUUUAUCCAUCAGUUACGGACAUUCAAAGAAAAGAAUUCCAAGAAGUAUAUAUUUGUUUUCCUUUUGAUUACAGGCCAAAAUAAGUUGUAGUUUAUUGUCUGUGUGUGCUCCUUUUAUUUUCAUUUUUUAAUUGGUUCACAGGCUGCUACACAGCUUCUGUGCCAAGGAUUUGGGGGUUGCCUCCAAAAAAAAAAGUUAAACCGUUGCCAAUGAAACUAUCCUUCCUGGCAGGUU